AGUCACUUGCGUAAUUUUACCCCAUUUCAUAGUUCCUCCCAAACCCACCCCAACAACCAAAACUCCUCCAGAAAGUAAAAGCAGUUACGCAGUUACCCAGCCGAGGAGUUUGGAGCAGUGGGCCGGUGGAAUUUCCCAUGGAAUAGAGCUUUACGUGUUCGAUUAAAAUCCUGAAAGGGCUCUGAUUUAGAGUCAUAAAUCUCCAAGAAAGGCACUUUAUGGUGAAGGGAUGGGAUUGGAGGAGGGCUAACCACAUGGAUGAUGACAACUGCAUCACUACAAGUGGUUUGCCAGAAUCUGAGACCUGUUAAAUUGGCGCAACUUGAAUGGCCCCUACUGCUACUAAAACCACUUGCUAAGAGACAACCAUAUUUACCAGUUCAGCAACCACUAUCCUGUUAGAUUCCAUGUCCUUUUGGGGCCUCACUAGUUGUUGGGUCCUCUUUUUUCAAUGUUCAUAUGAUGAACAUGGCCCAGAGCAAACAAACAAGACGACGGAAAAAAGGUAAACAUAUACGACACUUGGAAAUUGGUAUCUCACACAAAACAAAUUUAAUUUUACUCAUGGUCCCAGAAGCAAAAAUUGAGAGUUUAAUAUGAUAUUUGCUUUGUUGAUUUAGCUAUUCAGUAAUGUGGUUCACUUUCUACUGUAAGAAGCUUCCAUUAGUCUGUAAGACGGAAAAUAAAUAGAAAAUAGAAAAGAAGAGGGUUAAAGUCCUCACUUGGCCCCUUCCCAGUCUUAAUCAGAAGGGAAUCUGGUCAGAUUUUUCUUGGCAUUGAUUUGUCAUUUUGUUCCAAAGGAAAGGGAUAAGACAAAGCUAUAUCUACUCAAAACUUUUUUUUGCCGGUGACUUGAGUUGGUGAUCAUUGCUUAAUAUGGAGGAGAUGAACAACGAAGAUCACUGUGGUCGCUUUGCAACCUGAUCCUAAUUUUUACAUGCAAGAAAAUUUUUUGGAAGUAGUAAUGUUAGAUCUUUAUAUUAUGAUAUAUAGACAAUUAUGCUAAAUAGGAACAAGCAUUUCUGAAAAUUAGCCAAGAUAGUUGCCUGAUGGUAAAGACAUGUCCACUCAUCUAUUUGAUUCAAGUUUGAUAUUUUUUUUUGUGAUGAGUAAAUAUAGACUCCAUUGUAGCACAAGCUUUGUGGGUCGAGACCGGUGAUUGCUUACACAUGUGAUCCUGCUGAAAGUUCAUGUCUCCUGGAAAGAAUGUGAACAAAUUUCUAUUGACAGAGUGGAAUGGGAAGAAGUUUUUAUUAACAAGAAUGUGAAGAAGUUUUUACUGCGGGAGCACUAUCCAUAAUAUUUUUUCAUUAAUGAAGUGGAAUCAGUUGUACAUCUGAUCCUGCUAUGAGCUAACAGUAAUGGAAGAUCAACUGUUAUUAAUCUGUUAAUUUACUUAUCUUUUUGUAUCUUUUCAUUUUUUUUAGAUCCAAUAUGCUUUUAGAAUUAUUAGUUCUGCAUACAAGUGAGAACCACACAGUUGUUAGCUAGCCUCCCCUAGAAGAUUACUUAUCUUAGUUACUUCUAUGAAGUGCAUAUAAUAGGAACCUGCACCGUACUUGCUAUACAGCAGAGACUAGAUAUUGACGAUAGAAACUGUAUGCUUUCUGCUCAUAUAAAUAGAGAGAAAUGUGUAAGCUUGGAAACUACCAAGUAUAGCGCUUGUCAGUUUUCACUUAUUUUGUCAUCUCCAAGUUCUUUUUACUGCCAUGGCUCCUGUACCCAGUUCUCCAAUCAAGGUUGGUCAUAUAGAUGAUGUUCAGGAACUGAGAAAGGCUAAGCCAACAACAAUCCCUGAAAGAUUUGUUAGGGACAUGACUGAAAGGCCAACACUAGCCACAACUCUGCCCUCCAUGAGUGAAAUACCAAUUAUUAAUUUCUCUAGCUUUGUGAAUGGCAAUAAAGAUGACUACCAAACUGAAAGCUUGCAGCUUGCAAGAGCCUGUGAGCAGUGGGGAUUUUUUCAGGUGAUUAAUCAUGGAAUUGAUCUUAGCUUGCUUGAGAGCAUAGAAGAGGUGGCCAAGAAUUUCUUCAUGUUGCCUUUGGAGGAGAAGCAGCAGUAUCCAAUGGCACCAGGAACUGUUCAGGGAUAUGGACAAGCUUUUGUGUUCUCUGAGGACCAAAAGCUGGAUUGGUGCAACAUGUUUGCUCUUGGGAUUGAGCCCCACUGUAUCAGGAACCCAAAACUAUGGCCAAUAAAGCCACCAAAUUUCAGUGAAACUGUAGAGGUUUAUUCAAGAGAAGUGAAGAAACUGUGCCAGAAUCUACUGAAGUACAUGAGUAAAACCCUUGGGUUGAAAUCAGACACCUUUGAAGAAAUCUUUGGGGUAGCUGUGCAAGCCAUAAGGAUGAACUACUACCCACCUUGUUCAAGACCUGACCUAGUUUUAGGCCUAAGUCCACAUUCAGAUGGGAGUGCCCUAACUGUGUUGCAGCAAGGAAAGGGUAGCUCUGUAGGGCUCCAGGUCCUUAAAGAUAACAAGUGGGUGCCUGUUCAGCCCAUUCCAAAUGCAUUAGUAAUCAACAUUGGUGACACUUUAGAAGUUCUAACAAAUGGAAAAUACAAGAGUGUGGAACACAGGGCAGUCACUCACAAGGAAAAGGACCGUCUUUCUAUUGUCACCUUCUAUGCUCCAAGCUAUGAAAUAGAGCUUGGACCAAUGCCAGAACUGGUGGAUGAGAACAAUCCAUGCAAGUAUAGGAGAUAUUCUCAUGCAGAAUACAACAAACACUAUGUAACUAACAAGUUACAAGUGAAGAAAACAGUCGAAUUCACCAAGAUCAAAAGCAACACAUCUGCUGAAUAGUGAAUUUAUAUGUACUGGUGUUAGUGUUUCACUUUCUCAUGUCAUCUGUGUGGAAUCAAGUGCAAAUUACAAGUUGGGUAUUUUAUGUAUAUAAAUAUAAUUGGUGGGAAUCAAUGAUAAUCUGCACUAUUCAUGGGUUAACUCAUUUGUAAUAGACAAGCAAUUAGUUGAAGCCUGCGGGGUCUUAUGCUCAUAAGCAUUUCUUGUCAAAUGUGUUUGGUUGUGAGGACUUUUUUGAAUGAGCAUCUGUAACCAUAGGAGAAAACAAGAAUCAAACACAGGAGUUAAUGCCACAGUUGCUGUUUCUUCUUGUGUCAGAUUCUUAAAAGGGAAAGAAGCUGUCAAUCAAGUGGGGUGCCCAGAACACCACCACUCAAUGUUUCUGAAAAAAUGAAACACAAAUGGACAAAAUCACUGGUCUUCCAUUGUUCAAGGGACGAGAGCUUUUUCUUAGUGGUAGGAGACAGGAGAACCCACAUUUUGUAAGUUGUUCAUAUUAUUAGAGUGAAGGAAGCACUAGCCAAUGAACUCGC